AAGUCAUUUUAGUGUCGCAUUCGUAGUCGGUCGACAUAGAGUUUGUAAGUGUAAAAAAUAUUUCAACAAAAGUAACAGAUAUGAAAGGUGAUAUCGAAACGGACACGUACAAUGCUACUCCACUGGCUCCACCACCAUACCCUGGUCUUUCAGUUGAAUCGAGUCUUCCUGGUAAUUCACAUGGACAAAGUAAUGCUAAAUAUCAGCCUCCACCACCAGCUGGACGAUCAAAUGUCACUAUUGUCUAUCCCAAUAAUACGACCAGUGUCCCAACAAAUGCAACAAUAAUUGUAGCAAAUGACAUGGGUCCAAACCCAACAGUGUAUGUGUGCCCGUCUUGUAACGAGCAGAUUCUUACACGUGUUAAGCGAGUGCCUUCAAUGAGAACACACGUUGUGGCUGUGAUGUUAUUUUUAUUUGCAUGCUGGCCAUGUGUAUUCAUACCCUACUGUGUAGACUCUUGCAAUAACGCUGAGCAUUAUUGUGUUAAUUGUAAUGCGUAUAUCGGAACGCACAAGGCUUAAUAAAGAGAAUAAUGUACGAAAAUAAAAAUACUGCUGACGUAAA